AGGUCGAAUUAAUCGCUGGCGAUUGUCAAUCCGUCAGUCGCCAGGAACCAUCUAUUUUGCCCUGGAAACUCAAGUUUCAUUGCAAAAAUGGAGGAUUCAAAGAGUAGUGACCAAUUAUUAUGUCCCUGUGGGUUUUACGGAUCAGCAAAGACCAUGGGACUUUGUUCAAAAUGCUACAAAGCACACCUUGAGAAGUCAAAAGAUGCAAUGAAAAGUACACCAGAUCACAUGAUUCCAACAAGUGAGCCAGCUUGUGUUUCAGUCAGUUCCACAUUUCCAGAAGCGAGCAGCUCAAAGGAAGAUAUAAGUGAUAAAGUACAAUUUAAUAAUAUAUGUGGUACUAGUACUAGUACAAAUGGGACUGUGAUUAACACAAAUGAUAAUAAUACAAAUGGAAGUGAUUCACCUUCACCUAGUACCUCAACUGAAAAUGCAGGACCUUCACCAGAAAAGAAAGGGAGUAAAAGGGAUAUAUCAAAUGUUGAAGCAGAAUCCACACCUGAAUCAACACCAGAAAAACAGAGUCAGAAAGUAAAGAAAAGAUGUUUUCAAUGUAAAUGUAAACUAGAACUGGCACAACGCCAGAUUGGAAGAUGUAAAUGUGACAAUGUAUUCUGUGCAUUACAUAGACUUCCAGAGUUACAUAAUUGUGAUUUUGACCACAAAGAAGAUGGCCGACGAGAGGCAAGAGAAAAAAUGGUCAAACCAGUCAGACAUCUAGGAACGUCGUUCAAACGUCUUGAUACUGAUACCUGAAAGAGUGCAAAAACCUGUAACAGAUGCAACUUGAUAUGCAAACUGCUUCCAACAAAAAAUUGAUAAAGACAAUAAUUUAUAUUUCACGGAAGUCUGAAACUUACUUCUACCGUUAUGCAUGCAAAUUUGAAUUUGAAGUUUUUUUUGGUCUUGUGCACAGCUAUUUAACCCAUUUUAUGUAGAAAUGAUAAUGCUGUGUAAUAAAAAUAAUAAAAUGUGCUAGAGGUGUGAUUUUUUUUAUGGGAACAUUUGAAAGAGUAGUAAUACACUGGACUAUUUAUACGAUUUUCUUAGUCUGUUGUAGGAAGAACCCAAUUGCAAUGACCAAUGACUGCUAAAAAUAUUGUUAACUAGGAAAUAUUCGUGAAUUUUAUAUUUUCAUUGUAUUCAAGUGAGAUCUCACGUGUGUGAUAAUAAAAGAAUUUACACAACAAAUGUGAACAAGAACCUAGAAAUAAAACAGAGAUCAUAGCAGCAAAUUAUAAAAAGAAAUUCAUGAAAAUGUUCUUUACACGGUAUGUACGUUUUUAGCAUUGAAUAGAAUCACUGAUGUAUUUGUUUAUUUAUAUGAACUGAUGAUGUAUUGUGUAAUUACAUCUAUAGUUACCAGUUAAUUCAUAUCAAUCACCAUACACAGAUUAUCAGACUCAUGUAUCUAUUUCUGGUGCUAUGAAUUCUUGUUACUUGAUAUGCUUCACUUGUGUAUACAACCUUUAGUUCACAACAACACUCUUGGUCAAGAUUUACAUUUUUUUGCCUAAAAUAAACACCUUCCAAUAUAAAACAAUCUGCCUAUAGAGGAGUCAUGUGACAGUUGAGGGAGGGAAAACAGAUUCUAAAUUGUACAUGUCGUACUCCACUUUUUAUUUGGUUAUUGAAUUACACGUUAAACAGCCAUUUUCGCUGUAUUUUUUGUUUGACUGUUUGGUUGCUUUUAGUAACUAAAUGACAUUUAUUGUCUGAAAAUUUAUUACACUGCAAGUCAAUAUAGUGAAAUUCACUCCUCAAUGUGUCCAUACAAUUAAUGUCAAAUUCCCAAAUGCUAAAUUCAAAAGACAAUCAUGCUUUUUAGUGCUUUUUUUCGUUGAUUUUACAACUCUCUGAGAACUGUUCCAAAAAUGAAUGUGAAAGGGUUGGGAGGCAAUUUUACCAAAAUAAAAGGGUAAAACUAAAUUGUUUUGGUAUUACGUAUAACCAAACAAGCUAAAAACACCUUUUGGGAUAUUUUUUUUAUAGUUAAUACUAGUAUUUAGCAUUUAUUCAUAAACAGUGGGGUAUCCAGGAAGUGGGGGAGGGGCUGGGCUCCUAAGAAUUAUGAGUUCAAGUACCAUGUUUUCACAAAAAUUAUUGCUGUAAUUUUACAUAUGAAUUUUUUUUUUUUUUUAAACAAAA